CAUAUAUCCCAAAGGCUUGCAUAUUCACUGUCCAGAAAACUCCCUAAAGUUUUCUGUGAACCAAAACUUCUUACGUACGUACUACAAAGAGAUCUAUGUCAAUAGGUCUAAAUCCUUCACACAAAGGUGUUCUGUCCACCCAUCUCUAUUACAACUAAAAGGGUCAUAACCUUUGUUCCUAUAAAGUGUCACACGGAGACUUCCGCUGUAUGUUUCAAUAUCUCCCAAAAGAUAUUGGAACACAUUCUGUUUGAGGAAAAAGGGUUGAAAAAGAAAAGAUUUUUAGAAGUCUAUUCACCCCCCUCUAGACUUCUACCUCACUUGGGACCAUCAAUUGGUAUCAGAGCGGUUGUUCAUAGAGUCAGUUUUUAACCGACUUAUUUUGAACAAAAGAUCAAUCACCAAUCUCCCAAAACACUUAUAGAAUAGAGAUGGAAAACACUAUGAAGGAUACUACUGCUCUUAAAGGAAAGGAAGAACCGACAAAGAAAAAGGAUGAUGGAAGUAAUGAGUGGAAUAAAGAGGUCAAGAUUGGAAAUAAACAAAAUUCUCAGAUCAUUAACACAACUUAUGUUAAUGAUUUAAAGAAUUAUCUAUUGAGCACACGCCAGUCUAUGACAGAAGAAGACAUUCUGUUCUUAAAGAAUGUCAUCAAAGAUGUGCUCACUGGAAAGAAGAGAUUCUCAAGACAGUAAGCUCCAAGCUGCUUGCUGAAAAACUGCUGGCAAGGAAUCAACUGAAAAGAUCUUCUUCUCUAGCCACCAGGUAUAAGUGGAUGUAUCAGAUGAUGUUCAAUCCCAAUUGAGGAAUGACCUUAUUCAAAAAAGGACUGAACCCAACAUCAACAACAUCACACAAAGAUCGUUAGGAUCAUAUUGCACUGAAGGUAGAUUUUGAUGAUGUGUACAACAGUGAUAUAGGUCAAGACAACAAAGGAUCCUAGCACAUCUAAUUGUCAAAGGCAAGAGCUUAAAUGUUGAACAACCUUGAAGAAGGAAUAUAUAUGUCAGAAAACCCCAAAGGUACUCCUCCUCAUCAUAGUAAAAUAUCAAUUGGUAUCAUCAUUUGAUAUCAAUUGAAGAGCAUACAACUCAGGGGGAACUACUCAAACGUUUUAGGCAAACAUUAUCACGUUCAUCUUGCUUAUGAGAAGAAUAUCAAAGAUUGAAGGGGACUUCUCCACCUCAAUAAAAACUUAAGGGAUGGACUAUAAUUCAAAAGGAGAACCCUACUAUUUUGUAGAGUCUUGUUUGUAAUAAGGAGCAUCUUGCAAAUGUUCUAUUAAAAAUAGGAGCAACCUACUAAAUAGCAGCGUCCUAAUUUAGGAGCACCCUGUUAAAAAAGCUAGAUCAUGCUAAUAACAGUGUCCUAAGAAUAUCCAUUUCUAUGUUUACAAGUCAAAAGGACUCAAUCAUCAACACAGGGGGAAUGUUCAAAAAAGCUUCAAGAGGAUACACUCAACCAACAGAAGAUGAGUGAUGAAAAGGCAUUAGCAAACUCUCAAAUCACAAGGUGAAACAAGAGCCUACAGGAUUUUUGAGAAAAACAAAGAAAUGUUUGCUAAAAUGCUACUUAAUCUUUCAAGAGUAGUCUAGGCUUCAAAUGCAUCUAAUCAACUCCAAUUGACAAAGUCCAGAAACUAGAUGACUUGAUUAACUCUGAGGAUCAGGUGGGAUUUGUUCAAUAAAAACAAAUCAUUAUGGCAGAGAUCGGUCAAUGUUCUGGAUAACAGAAGGAGAUGUUCAAAAGGAGAAUUAGUUAUGGUUCACCAGAAACUCUAGAAAGAAGGAAAGGAGAAGGAUUAUGUCAGCAGGAAAAGCAGCAAAACUGAACCUUUCAGAAAAUUUUCGAGGCCUGCUAAAACCAACAGAAUACCUCAAGCUUUUAUUGAUAAACAGAACACCAAAAGCAGUUCUGUCAAGGAACAGAACUCCUGAUCAAAUAGAAAGAGGUUCUGUUGAAACACCAACUCCCAGUUUAUUUUAUACUUGAAACAACUCAAAUGUUUCAAGAAAUUCAGGAUAUUAUUGUAAGUAUGGGCUAUCUGAAAAUCCAAGAAGAACAGAUAUUGAUCAAGACUGAAGGGUCAAAUCAAUCAACGAAUAUCCUGAAAUAAAAUAUGGAGUAUUUAUCUAAAUUCAGCCAUACAGAAGGAAUUAAUCUUGAUUACAUCAAAAGCAUGCUGACAUUCGAUAAGGUGUCACAUUAAUGAGCAUUAGAGAGGAUUACCUUCAAUCAAAUCCAAGGAAAGGAAGUACGAAGAAUUUAUGGUUACAUGCAAAAUCCUACAACGACACAUGGUGAUCAAGCAGCUGACUCAUUUAUUUAUGUCAAGAUCAAGCAACCACAUUAAUAAGUCAAGUGAGUUUCUCAAUAUCUCAUUCGCUUAUCGAAGUUGCUUUUUGCUAAGAAAAGAGAGACACCCGCAAGAUCAUUAAUGAAACGCUUAGAUUGCCACAAAGCAAUUAAAAGCAAAUUGAAGCAUGUUAGCUAUAAAUACAUUCUUUGCUUCACACAUAUACCUUACUCUCAAAAGCUCACCAUCCUCACAGAGACUCCUACAAAGUAUCAUCACUUUAACUCAAAUGCAUUCCUCAUCAUCCUAUCCCCUGAAUCUUGAGCUAACGCUAAGACCAUCAGUUGGACCAAAUAAGCCAAGAGACAUUUCCAGCCCCAGAGCACAAGAGAACACUUCCACUAGUGAGACAUUGCUCAAUGUUAGUAAAGAAAAGGAAGAACUUGACAAAGAAUACUGCAGAGUGCUCAAUUGGAAAAGCUGGAGGAUGACUCAAAUCGACAUUCUUCUCCUAAAUGAGAUUGAGUUAAGAAAAGAAGAAAAGUUUGCCUUGAGAUGGUUAAGAACGAAGAACACUGAGAUUGACACCUCAAUGGAAUACAUCCAUAGGAUCUACCAGCGCAAACAGGAAGAAAUAAAGCAUGAAAAUGAGAGGAGAAAAAGGAAUGCCACGCAAGGAUUUUUUCCAGGAGAAUCAUCUCAGCACAAUGCCUUCCUCACAAACCAAAAAGCACAUUUUUGAGUGAUGCCUUAAAAGGGGGAAAAAGAAUGGCACCUCAAAAAUUCUUAAAAUCUCAUUUUUAUGUAUAGUUUUUAGACAUCAUCAAAAAGGGGAAAAUUGUUAGGUCCCCUAGAUUUUGAUGAUCAAAUAAGACAAUAGUUUUGAUGAUGCUAAAAACUAUAAUAUCCCUGUAAUAGACCAACACUUGUAUUUGUUCUACUACUGUUAAUUGUAAUGUGCUCAAUAGUGAUAAAGUACUCAAGAAAAUGAGAGAGUACUAAAAAGAGAAGAAACGUACCAUAAAACAAAAAGAAAAGAAACAAACAGAAAAGGUAUGAAAAGAGUCAACUGAAACCCUUAUAAAAUCAGAGACUUGAUCAGAGAACCUUCAAUAACCUUCUGAUCAUACUAGAGAACUUCAACUCUGAUAGUUAUCAGAACUGACCAUCUAUGAUAAACACCAGAGUUGGUUUUCUGUUGGGUCACCAGAAGACCUUCUGUCAUGGUCGUAUCAAAGAACCUCAACAACAGAGGUGGUUCUCUGAUUGCACCGGAACAGAAGACCUCAUAGGUAUUCUGGUAAGGUAUUCUGUUAAGGUAUUCUGAUAAAGAACUCGAUAUCUACUAUUCUUCUCUUAGCACAGAAACAAAAAGACAGAAGACCCAUUUGCAGUCAAUAUGACAGAAUGCAUAGAAAAUAAUGUUACAAGAAAUUAUGUGACAAAAUUUUUGUUGUAACAUUAUUUACUGAAAAUAUGUAAUCUUAUCUUGAAGAAGCAUUGAACAACACUCGGCCUAGAUACUGAAUUUCUGUAAGCUAAAAAGAUAAAGAUAAAUCAUCUUAUCUUUGCCUUGAAAUGAGGAAUCAAGUUGAGUAAGGAUAAAAUGAUCUGUGUCACGAGAAGACAAGAAUCAACCAUGCUGCCCAGUCAAGUGGAACAAAGCAAGUAGGUCAAGCAACGAUCAAGAUUGGAUCACUCAGCCAACAGAGGAGAUUCAAAAACAAAGUCUAUAAAUACAGAAAGAGUGCGGAAAGACCAAGUGUGACACCAGAUGGCAAUAAACCUUGGUAUACUAGAACCUAAUGGGACAGAAGGGAAUCAAGGUUUACACGAAAACAUCCAGCUAGCUGAUUCACCUUCACCACUUUGGUUACCACCCCACUCAUCUAAUGCUAUUAGAAUUGCUCAUCAUCCAUACACAUCUAUAGAGCUUAGAUUAGUUGGUAGACUAGUUUAAACCCAUGUAAACUAGACUAGUGUAUUCAUUCUGGUAUGUGUGUGAUCAUCCAGAAGGUGAGGCAAGGACAUGAGUAGCUUCUGGCUGGGCAAGCCAUUAGUGAAAAACCUUGGAGGACAUGAGUAGCUUGGAACAGACUGUUCCUCAUGAAAAACCUCACAAUCUACGCCCGGGCCAGGGGUAGAUUGGCACUAAAUGUAAUGGGAUAUUCAUUUAGGGGAAAUCCAUCUGAAAUAGGUUGAAACUGGAUGUAGGAGGAUUAUAUCACCUCUGAACCAGGAUAUAUCUUGGUACCUUUUAUGUUCAGCACCCAACACACACUUCAGUUCUCACUCACCUUCACACAUCCCAAAGGCUUGCAUAUUCACUGUCCAGAAAACUCCCUAAAGUUUUCUGUGAACCAAAACAGCUUACCUACGUACUACAAAGAGAUCUAUGUCAAUAGGUCUAAAUCCUUCACACAAAGGUGUUAUGUCCAUCCAUCUCUGUUACAACUAAAAUGGUCAUAACCUUUGUGAUGGAUAAGUGUACCCGGGGGUAUCUAUCCGAGGGGUUAUUGUGGGGAAUAACUAGAGAGAAGUCAGAGCAAGAGUAAGAGAGAGAAUAUAUAUUGCUGAGAAUGCGUUGAGUAUAUUGAGCCUGAAUUACAAAUGGGGAAAGAAGUGCUAUUUAUAGUAGUAAUAAAUGCCAGAUAGGGACACGUGUCAUCAUUCUGGUGGUCGAGGGGUCACCUCAGCGGGGUGGCACUGGCACUCGCAUGUGGACGCAUUAAAUGCGGUGGUUGGAUGUGACGUUUGUACUUGGUACGUUGAUCCGGCGCAUGUGGGUGGGAGAUUCUGUCGAGGAGAUGCCCUCGGCCGUAGAUGUUUGGCUGAAGGCUCUUCAUACGGGGGGGCCCUAGGUGCUGAGGGCUCUAGGUGCCGAGGGUUCCUGUUUUCGCCGCUUCCUCUCAGACACUUUGAGGGCUUUGAAGGAGCUGUACUGUUAGCUCAUGAGCCUUCGGCCAGGGUGCCGAAGGUACCCCAAUGUUCGUCGUGGGCUGCUUGGCACUUGGGGUGCUUUAGUUUGGGCCUGCCAUGCGUUCUGGGCCUGUUGGGCUUUUGCUACAGUAGAGGGAGUCAAUGGGCCGGGGGUUCCGGGGCUAUAUACUCCAUCAGGAGUCCCUCACUCCUUUUGCCAAAAGGUACUUGAGGGAAAAGGAGUAAUUGCGGUUGUCCUCUGAUGCUGUCUUGCUUGUAGUUUGUAAACCUGUGAGAGAUUUACGUUUGCGCAUAAUUCUACCGGGGGCAGUCCUUCAGUCCCCCACAUUUUGGGACUUGAAGGAUUAUGUUGCUGCUUUGGCGAGGUUUUUGACAUUUUGCAUUUUCCCGAAGGGGUCCUCCAGUCCCCCACUCCUUGAGGCACAUGUAAUGUGGUGAAGAGGAGUAGAAUAGUGCCCGCUGUCGCGUAGGGCCGAAGGUUGACAUUUUUCGUUUCAUUUUGGGGGGAUGCCUCAUUAAAAACCUCAUUAGGAAAAACCCUGUGGGAAAAAAUCCUAAUGAGGGAAAAAGAGUGCACCGAAUUCCCCCAAUGAUGACUCGAAAAGGUGAAACCUUGGUCUGGGAUGAAGGGCAAAGUUUAUGCCGAAGGCUACUCUUGAUCUGAGGGCGCGUGGUUUUGACUUUACCGAAGGCGCUCUGUAGAUGUCUCGAGGGAUGCCGAAGGGGAGUCCUUCAAUCCAUGGGGUUGAUGGCGUGAUGAAUGUAAGUGGUAGUGUUGCAUUGCCGGGGGGAUUCUCUACCUGUUGACAAGCUGGGGAUGAGGGCACCCGGGGGUCCAGUUGUUGUAUGUUGAAGGCUGUCCACCCAAGAGGGGCUUUAAAUUUGAUAUCCCCGAGGGGUCUCGUUAUUCUGUGGCCGGGAAUAGUUGGUGAAGGUUCCCGAGGGGUUUACCCGUUGUUAAGCCGUGAGUUCCUGAAGGAGAGAGCCCGAAGGCACUCGUGAUGUUGCAUGAGGGGUACCAGCCGGGGGCACCUCUGUGUUUUCAAAAUAUAGCCAUUGAGAUAUGACCGUUGGAAGCGGAGUCCACGUGGCGUGUGCUUGUUGGCUGACUGUGGGUGGGCGUCACCGAUUGGGCAACUCGACAGUUCGUAAUGAUGAUUUUUCCAUCGGGGGCCCAAUUUCCGGCCCAAGCCCAGAUUUGGGUGCCUAUAAAUACCCCAAGGACAGGGGCCGUUCUCCUUGUGCGAUCAUUGUAGCGAAGCUCUGGCAAUUUGAUUUCUAGAGAGAGAAAAUCCCCCUCAGACAAAAUCAAAGCUCCCCAAGGUCAGUUGUUCCCUUUGUUCUUUGUUUGCUCAGUGAGUUUAGCUUUUGUGGCCUUUAGAUCUAGCAUUAGCGGUCCUUAGGGAAAUUCCUUCUUCCGAACCCUUCGACUUCUAGUUCUUAGAAAAUGUCUUCGCAAAGCGAUUCCCAAGAUAUUUCGAGGGAGCAUUCAGCCGAGGCCGAGAGCAUAUCCGAGGUGGAGUCUUCGAGCGAGAACCCCUCGGCCGGAAACGAUUCGGCGGUAGCUGAGGAGGUACAAGACAACCUCCUGGUAGAAAUGGAAGCCGAAGACUUCGAACAAGAAAAUGAGGACGAGGAGUUGGCCCUCGCCGUUCAAGUUGUUGAGGAGGAGGAGGAAAAGGAGAGGCGGAAGGUUACCGUUGCCGUCCUUCCCCCGCGCAAUGCUGGAGAAGCCAGCAGCUCUCGACCACUCAACGCAGAACCCCUCAGGGUGGGUCCGGGGACGAAGGCCAAGAAGAAGGCGGGGGGCCCCAAGAACAAAGGCGCUGUAGACCAAGGGAAACCCGUCGGUAUUCCUGAGGGGUAUUCGUUCCUGAACACCGAAGCCCUUGAGUUGAGGUUGAGGGCUGAUGAAGCGGAGUGCUACUUGAUGCAGCUGCACGUGGGGCCCUCGGCGACUGUGGUGGGGUCGGGGCCUGAUGACGUACUAUCCCGGGCUCCCGAUGGGUGUUUUGCGGUGCAUAUCCUCUCGGUAUCGAUGGGGCUUCGAUUCCCUCUGCAUCUGUUCCUCCUUGAGUACCUGAGGUAUGUUGACUUAGCUCCCUGCCAACUCACCCCAAUAGCCACUCCUACAUCACCGGCUUCUUGCAACUCUGCCGUGAUUGGGGAGUAGCCCCCAGCCUCAAUCUCUUUUUUCCGAGUUUCAACCUCUGCCGGGGAGGUCAUACAAAUUCCGAGGGGUUCGCAAACCUUCAGCAGCUUGCCAUGUGGAGGCUAUUUGAUGACGUACCCUCGUCCCAUAAGGGUUGGAAAGAUCGCUUCUGCUAUGUCAGGAUGAAGGAAACCCCGUUCCCAGGGGAGCUGCAGAACUAUUUCAAGAGGCAUCCGAAGGUGGAGGGUGCUGCCCUCGAGAAAGACGGAAGGAAGAUCUCGGCCAUCCCGAUGGGUCGCAACAAGUACGUGUCAAUCAAGGAACUGACCCUCAAUGAUGAUCUACAUAAUCUCGGCUUCCGGCGCUACCUUUUCCUGGGGGAACGGGAUGAGAAGUAUCCCAUCUGUGAUCGAGUGUUCGAGGGCUUAGGAGGUGGUUCCCGAAGGCUUCCGUUGUUGUACUUAGAAAUAUUUUGUAUUUCGUUUCUGCUCUUGUAUCUGUACCCCUCGGACUUACAGUUUUUGUGGUUUUGCAGGUGUUACAAUGAAUGUGAAGGGAUUCACUGGUGUGAAAAAGAAAGCGGCCAAAGAUCCAAAGGAGAAUCCCGUCGGUGCUUUUUUCAAGAAGGCCGAGGGUCCGUUGAUGCCCCCUACUGCUGAUGCUGCUGCAGCCGCCGCGAAGAGGAAGGCGGCGGGCAAGGACGUUGCCCCCGUUGGCAAAAAAUCGAAGAAGGGGGAUGCCAGGAGGAAUGAUCCCCCGGUCCUGAUCAUUGACGAGCAUUCGGCCUCCGACACUCCGGCCAUGGUAGCGACGGCUCCUGCCCACCCCCCUUCGGCACAACAGGAUGAGGGGGAUUUGCCCCGAAAGGAUAUUCAGUUCUCCCUCAUAAAGGGAACUGCCAUAGUGCAUGGCACUGUGGUACCAAAGGAGUUCCUUCGGGGCGCUACUCCUUCUCUGGACAAGGCGGCUCUCAGCAGGCUCGAGGAUGAUGCCCUCGAUAAUAAAAUCUUUCGGUCCUCACUAACUGCUUGCAUUGCCCUCGGCGAGCAAGUCCAGAGGGCGGAAUAGUUGCGCCUCCAGAAGGCGGAGCAAGACGAGACUUUGAGGAGGCUCGUUCAUGUUAAUGCUGACGCCGCAAGGCAAAUGGCGAGAUUGGAGGAGAGCCUUCGGCAGGCGGAGCAGAAACUAGAGGCCGCCAAAGUAGAGGCUAGAGCCGAGGGCAGGGCCGAGAGGGCAGCUGCUGAGGCUGCAAAGAAAGCUGCCAACGAGGCCGAGGCGGUCAAGGAGGUGGCCAUCGCAAAGGCCCGAGAGGAAGCUGUUGCCGCCUUCGUUGUUGAGGGUUGGAAGGCCGAGGGGUACAAGAAGUGGUCGUCCUCGGCCGUAGGGGUAUCAGUGGAUGAGUGGUGCGAGGGCCCCGGCGUAGAGUGGUUGGCCCGAAAGGGCAAGAAAUAUUAUGAUGGGGGCGAGUUCUUCACUCAGGCCCUCAUCUACCGGAGGAUGGCCCGACACCUGAAGAUUGAGCCGAAGGAUUUUGAUCCGGCGGCAUAUGGCCUCCUGCCUUUGCAGCCAGAUGUUCGUGUCCCUCUUCCCCCGGAUGUCUAGAGGCCUGAUCUUGAAGAUUCCAUGCUGAUGGCCGAGGUUGAGGACGACCAAGUAGGGACCGAAGGGGACGUCACUUCCACGCCGGUUGAAGAGGGCGCUGAUGAAGUAGCCGAUAUCUGAUUUCGUGCUUAGGAAAUCUCGAACAAUCUUUGUAAAAACAUUCUACAGCCUUCGGCUGAUGUAAC